AUGCGGCGUGGUCUCCUGAUCUUCCUCGUCGUCAACCUUCUCCUGUUGUCGUUCCUCGUCCGCAGCGUCUCGACUCUAUUAUCCCUCCUGAUCGAGGAUGCCGCCGCCGAUGCGAUCCACCGCGCCGAGUUGCCCUCCCCGAACUCGAGCCUGAUCGAACACAGGCCGCAGAUUAUCCCCAAGAUCAUUCACCAGACCUACAAAAACGAGACCAUCCCCGAGGUGUGGAGGGAGGCGCAACGGAGCUGCAUUGAUUUGCACCCGGACUACGAGUACAUUCUCUGGACCAACGAAAAGUCGCGGGACUUCAUCGCCGCCGAAUACCCCUGGUUCCUCGACACCUUCGACGGCUACAAAUAUCCCAUCCAGCGAGCCGACUCAAUUCGCUAUUUCGUUCUGGCACACUACGGUGGAACAUAUAUCGAUCUGGACGAUGGUUGCAACCGUCGACUGGACCCAUUGCUCGCCUACCCCGCGUGGGUGCGCCGGACUGUCCCCACUGGCAUCUCGAACGAUGCCAUGGGCUCUGUCCCGCAACAUCCGUUCUUCCUCCGCGUGAUCGAGCUGUUGCAAUUGUAUGACCGCCACUGGAUGCUGCCCUACAUCACGGUCAUGUACUCGACUGGGCCAUUGUUCCUGUCCGUUAUCUGGAAGGAGUACAUGUUGGACAAGCCGAUCGAGAGUGGUCGGGUCCGGAUCUUGAUGCAGGAUGAGUACAACAAAUUUUCGUGGAGCUUUUUCACCCACCACACGGGUAACAGCUGGCACGGGAAGGAUGCCCGUCUGAUCUUCUGGAUGGGCCAACACUGGAUGUUCCUUACCUUCCUCGGCUUUGUCCUCGCUGGCAUCGUUGGAUUUUGUUUCUGGUGGACCUACGGGCGUGUCAUGCUUCUGGGCGCCCAAUAUCGUUACCGCUACACCAAGGUGCCUGCCAUCAUCAGCCCGUCGCGGCUCUCCUCGCCUACAAGGCGCUCGCGACUCACCGUACCGACUCUCCUGCGCCGGGUGAGCUUCAAAGAAGACGAAGAACUCGGCGGGAUCACCGAGACCUCCUACGAACUCGGCCGUCGCGAUGAUUAA